AUGUGGCUAGGCACGAUGGUGCCGAAGGCGACACAAGAUGUGGCUAGGCACGGGGGUGCUGAAGGCAACACAAAGCUUGCCCUAGAUGAUGACGGGGUGCCGAAGGCAUCGCUCGCGUCGAAUGAUGAUGGGGUGCCGAAAGGCAUCUCUGAAGUGGAAUGGCGACCGGGUGCCGAAGGCAUCGCUCGCGCCUAA